CAUCUUAAAAGAUUGAUUACACAACAUGGUAUCUGUAUUUGUCACCGGAGCUAGUGGCUUUAUUGCCCAACAUAUAGUCAAGUUGUUGGUGGAAAAGAAGUACAAAGUCGUUGGUACUGUUAGAUCUGCCGCCAAGGGUGAAAAACUCCAGGAAUCUUUAGGAGCUGACAAUUUCCAAUAUGAGAUAGUUCCAGACAUUCAAGUGGAGGGAGCGUUUGAUGAGGCUAUCAAGAAUCAUCCUGAAGUGACUGUUGCUAUGCAUACUGCUUCUCCCUUCACCUACGAUAUUACUGAUCCUGAGAAGGAUUUGAUUCUUCCUGCUCUUGAAGGUACCAGACAAGCCUUGACCUCCAUCAAGAAGUAUGGACCACAGAUCACUCGAGUUGUCGUUACUUCUUCAGACGCGGCCGUUUAUUCCGCUGAGGAUGAACAAAAGAAAGGACUUUAUUUCGAUGAAAGUUCAUGGAACAAUAUUUCCAGAGAAGAGGCUAUCAAAGAUCCAGUUUCUGCAUACUAUGGAGCCAAGGCAUUUGCCGAGAAGUUAUCUUGGGAAAUAGCCAAGGAGACUGGUGUCAACUUCACACUCUCCACUGUGAACCCAGUGUAUGUAUUUGGCCCCCAAGCAUUCAUUUCCGAAGUGAAAGAACAAUUAAAUGUUUCAAACGAAUUAAUUCAUCACCUUAUUAAGGUUGGCCCAGAAGGAAAAUUUGAUAAUGAUAAAGGUGGGUUCAUAGACGUCAGAGACGUAGCAUUGGCCCAUGUUGCUGCAUUUGAACGUGAAGACACAAAGAACAAGAGACUUUUCAUGACAAAUGGCCACUUCAGUACACAAGCCAUGCUUGACAUUAUCAACAAGAACUUUGAUGAAUUGAAAGGUAAGAUUCCAGUUGGUACACCUGGUAGUGGACCUGAGGAUAUUUCUACUUUGGCCACUGUCAAUAACGAAAAGACGAAAGCACUUUUAGGAUUUGAAUUCCGUAGUUUGGAUACUAUUGUAAUUGAUACUGUGAAGCAAAUCUUAGACGUUAGAAAGAGCAAGAUAUAGAAUAUGAAUACAAAAACGUGCUCAAUGCAAGC